AUGUCAUCACUGACCAACACCAUUCCUUCUUUUUGCGACCUUCCUGUUGAAAUCUUUUAUUGCCAAAUUUUCAUUCAUUUCGAUUAUUCAUGGGUCUUCAGAGUGUUCCGACUCAUUUGUAAAUCAUGCAAUCGAAUGGCAACAAAAAAUUCUUUUUCCUAUUCAUUCGGAAAUGAAUGUACUGUCUAUUUGGAGAACAACACUAUUCGGACGAGAAAAUUUGUAGAAUGUUGUGAGAAGGGAUAUUUUCAUUCAUUGAAAGCGUUGAGAGUGUGUGGAGGACAAGAACUUUCUCAAUAUUCAAAAGAUAUGGAUCUCGUGGAUGAUGACAAUGAAAUGGAUGAUCAACAUCUUGACAAUGUAUUAAUGACAAGAAAGGAUCGAUAUUUAAAUUGUUUUCCGAAUUUACAAAAAUUAGAAUUGACGAAACGAUAUUUUGAUGAUUCAAUUGUGAAAGGAAUUGCCAACAGUCAGAAUUUGAAAAAUUUAACGCAUCUCAAUCUUUGUCAAUCGCAAGUACAUGAUCAAUCCUUUCAAAUGAUUGCAAGUCCCUUGUUUUCCAAUUUAACCUACUUGAAUUUGAAUGAUACAAAGAUCGGAGUGAAGAGUGUGAAAAUCAUUAGUUCAUCUCCAUACUUUUCAAAAUUGAAAGAUUUGCAACUUGCUGGGUGCCGUCUUGGAAAUGCUCUUCUUUUUGAAAUUUCACAAAGUUCGCAUUUGAAAAAUUUGACAUCUCUCAAUUUGAAUAGAAACGACCUUUCAUUCGAUGGAGUGAAAUGUAUUGGACAGAGUUCAGUUUUUGAUCAUUUGACUUGUCUCACGUUAGAUGGCAAUAAUAUUUCUCAAGAGGGUGUGCAAUAUUUAGCAAAUUGUGAAAAUCUAUCCAAUAUUGAGGAAUUUUCUAUUGAAUUCAAUGCAAACAAUUUCCUAACACCCAUGAGCUCAGUUCUUGCAAUAUUUAAGGGACACAUGAAGAAAAUCAAAAGUUUUCGAUUUUUGCCAGAUUCAUACAGCGAAUUACAAGAAUUUUUGGCCUGUAAGAAUAUUACCUCAUUGAAAUCUUUGAACUUGUAUGUUUGCAGAGUUUUGAAUGACGAGUUUGAGGGGUUGAAAUUGCUCGUGAAUUGUCCCAACUUGUCACAAUUAGAAACUCUCAAAAUAGGUUAUCCAAACAUUAGAAAUUUCAAGCCACUGAUCACAACUGAAUAUAUGAAAAACCUCACCAUAUUGGAUGCUGCUGGAAAUGGAAUGAAAUCAAGCGAUUUAAUAGCAAUUUCUAAAACUUUUCCAAAACUCAAAGAGUUGAACAUCUCUUCUCAAUAUGAAAUUACCAUUGACAGUGUCAUAGAAUCCCUUAACCAUUUUCAAUAUUUAGAAAAGCUCUUUAUGGAAGGUGUUGACUUGGUUUCGUGUGAAAAAGUUGAACAAUUUGCCUCUCAUCAUGCUGUACAACGACUCGUUUCGUUCUCUUUCACACACCAGCGUGGAUUUGUGAAUGCAUUAUUUGGCUCCUCGUCGAAACUUGAAAAUUUAACUUAUUUGAAUGUGCGAGCUGUUAAAAGCUUGGAAUUGGAAGAUGUUCAAGUACUUUCCACUCAAAAACUUGCCAAACUUUCGUGUCUUUAUCUUCCAAAGAGUACUUUAAAGGAUUUGAAAAAACCAAUGAUUGCCUUAUUGAAGAAUAGUCCUUAUUUGAUCAGGUUGAAUGAUGGAGAACGGGAUCGUUUGGAAGGAGUUUUGUUUUAUUAG